GUUCGGUCCUAUUAACUUCAACCAGUCCCAUUUCCAGACCGUAAUUGAAUAACGAAUUCGAGAGCCGAAAAAAAAAAUCAAAGAGAGAUCGGAACAUGAAGAACGGUAAGGUAGGGGCGAUCGUUAAGCGACUGGUCUCAGUGCUGAGCGCUGUGGCGAAGAAGUCCAAAUCAGUCGCCAUUGGGGACAAAAUCGGAUCGAUCAGAGCUCGAAUCGAGCUUUUCUCGCUGAUGAAGACUCGAAAGCUGUGCCUGCAAGGCCGGCUCGGCGCGGGAGCCAUCUCUCACAGGAUCCACGCCUUCCUGGGGCAGAAUCACGACGGCGAAGGUGGAUUUGAGGAAGAAGAUUCCGGCGGAAAGGCCGUAAUCGACGUCAAUCACUGCGCCGGAGAGGAGAUUCGCGGACAGGACGAUCAACUGCUGAUCGAAUACAAUCAGCAAGAGGACGAGGAUGGGGACGCCGAUCACUGCGCCGCCUCUCCCUCCGCCGGCGAGGAUCAACUGCUGCUGGAAUACAAUCGCCAAGAGGACGAGGACGAUAAGUAUCCAGAUCUGAGACAUUCUCUGUUCGAGGAGGGAGACGACGACGAUGAUGAGCAGUUGGGAGAUCCGAACGGAUCGGCGAUAGAAAUGGUGAAGAGUUCGAAGGAGGAGGGAGGAGAGAAGUUCAACCUGGAAGACGAGAUCGACGACGUCGCCGACUUGUUCAUCAAGAAAUUCUACAAACGGAUGCGCCUCCAGAGGCUCGAUUCUCUCAAGAGGUUCCAGGAGAUGCUUCUUAGAGGCACUUGAUUAACAGAACAAAUUUUCGGAGUAUCCCUUUCAUUAAUUUUGAGUGCACAUUUAAUCUAUUCGUUUUUCCUUUUUUUUUUAUUUUUAAAAUCCAGAUUUGUUCUUCUUAUAUCUUACUACGUAUUUAGACUAGUAUUUGUAUUGCACGUCACAUAUUUAUGUUACGAAAUUAAGACUAAUUUUGAAUAAUAGAAAACAAUAUUU